CCGUGAGAGAAGCGCAAUCUUGCCUGAUGCCUCUCCGCACCGUGAUCGCCGCGUCUGCCCUGUCUAUCUGACCCUGCCUGCCUUGUCGUUCCCUGCUGCGCCUCCUGCACUACCACACAAACCUCAGGGGCGGCCUACACUGCUCCCGGGAUGGAGUACGGGCCGGACAGUGAGCCGAACGCUGAUGUUCGGUUCAUCUCCAGCCACAUUCCUGUCUUCACUCCAGAGGAGAUCUCUCUUCCUGAGGGGGACUGCAGCCUUGUGGCCACUGCCCCAAAGUUUGGCCGCAUUUUUGUGGCAUGUGGGACACAAAUUAAAGUGUUUGAAUCCAAGACACUGUUUGAGGGAGUGUCGGGUGUCCCUCUCACCUCCAUCAGUGUUGGUGCUCAGGUGACUCAUGUGGCCUGCAGCUGUGAUGGCCUCACCCUGCUGGUGGUCAUCCUCCACAAUCAGGUUCCUCAUGCGCUCUUCUAUGAGAUUCGCAGCCUUGUGCCUGGUUGUGGAGAACAAAUCCCCUUGGUGAGUGUGGCUCUGGCUGGGGCUGGUGGUCAGGUCCAUGGACUCACUUGGAACCCAAUGGAUCCCAGCAGUGUGGCCCUGGCCAUCUCACCUUCAUCCCUUUCACUUCUCACCCUUAAAGAGAACCAGGUGGAAGUGAAGUCAGAAAACAUUCAAGCAAGGGCACUGGGAUGGUCACCCAAGGGGAAGCAGCUGACCGUGGGCCUGGAAGAUGGCACCCUGAAGCUGUUCAAGCCAGACCUGACUGCCGUGCGUGCCAUCCAGCGGCCGCCCAUGGAUGAAGCCGGUGCUGUGCUCAGCAUCACUUGGUUCACCAACACAGAGUUCUUCAUUGGCUACAAGAGCUCAGUUGUGGAGGGAGCUCAUGUAAUAAUGUAUGUUAAUGCACCAAAGGCCAAGGAGCCAAAGUUUGUUGCCUAUGAGUACAUCUGCAAUGACAACCAAGGCCCGAGGGCAGCCAUGUUCUACCCCUUCUUCUUUCCUGAGUGGUCGUUGCUUUGUCUGCUGUCGUCUCGUGCUGUGACGAUGGCUGUCUUGGGCCGGUCUGUUGAGGGCGGUGAUGGUUGGUGUGAGUAUGAGUUAGAUGAAGGGUGUGUUGCUGCAGUGCAAAAUAUUUCCAUCACUGAGGAAACUUUUCCUCUCGGUCUGGCCGUUGAUUUCACCUCCCAGAAGACAUUCACAGCCAAAGACAACAAAGUGUCCGGCCCAUGUCCUGUCAUGUGCACACUCUCCACUGGGGGAGAACUCAACCUCUUCCAUGUGGUUAAUGAGAAGUCUGGUGCAGAGUCAUUGACCAAACCCCAAGAGAGUCUGCCAGCCAGUGGAGUGCGCACACCUCAGCAAUUUGGAGGAAUCAGCAGUUAUUCUGUGGGCAAGCCAGCUGUUCCAUCAUUGGCCUCUGUUGCCCCAGAGACCAAGACUACCUUCCCUGCAGUACCAGCUCCCUUGGUUCCAAGCACACCACCAGCCCCACAGAAGUUGGACACUUUCAGUUUCAGUGCACCAGCACAGUCCUCUAGCCCUGUCUCAGCCUCUCCACUACCAAGUCUGAGCACCAAUUUCAAAUUACCCCAAAGUCAGCCAUCGCCACUGACGACAAGUCUUUUUGCCAAGACUGAGCCAGCUUUUACUCCCAUGUUUAAGCUGCAAGGAACAAGUGAGAUGACCAAGCCCACCCUGGCUGCCCCUGCCACCAUCCCCAAGCUGCCACAAGCCACUACCACAGCACAGGACUUCAAGUUCCCUUCGUUUCCCUUGAGUCAGCUGAGCACUCCAGCAGUGACUUCCAGCAGCACCACCUUGCCUGACACCAAGCCACAGCCUCCUGUUGUCCCCAAGCCACUUGAGGUGAUGGCCCAGAGUGUGGCCACACCAGCCAGGCUGCCCCAGCCAGUGGUGGCCGAGCUGGAUGACACACUGAUUGCUGCCAUCAAUGCAGCCAAGACCAACUUUGAGAGGGAGCUGGAGGACCACAUGAACAUGGGAGACUUGCCUAACCAGGUUGGAGGACCAAAGGAGAUGGGUGAGCUAAGAUGUUCCCUGGGUGAGACUGCAGAGUGGGUGGAUGAGAUGAGCUCCACCACCUCUGAGCUGAAGGGAGAGGUGGGGCAGCUUCACUCUGAGGUCCUGGAAGGCUUCAUUCUAGCAGAGGAAGCUGAAGCUCAAGUUGUCAAGAGCAAGAAUCCACGGCACCGCUUAAUGUUGCAGCCACAGACGUUGGACCCGCACAGUCGCAAACAGAUGGAGGAGAUUCGCUCUCUGUACCAGUACCUGCAGAGCCAGCUCGCUGAAAUUGACACCCGCCUUCACCUUGACUGGGCCGCAUACAGGAAUGAGCAGAACAAAAAGAAGAAAAAGGAGCUUCCAGCCUCAGAGACACUGUACCAAGCUUUGAAGAAGUGCCACUAUGCAAGGAAGGUCUGUGAGCAGCGAGUGGACUCAUUAUGUGAACGAAUCAAGGACCUCCAUCUCCACUCCCUCAGUGGCCUGGCAGCCCCACAGACACACCAGGAGGAUGAUGAGAUUAUGGCCACUCUGGAGAGAUCAUUGCGAGAGACCUCCAUCUCUACUCCUCAUCUCUCCUCCCCCUUCAAAAUGCUUUCUCCGGGGAAGCAGGAAAGUUUACAGAAAGUUCUCUCACAAAGAAAUUUCAUCCCUCUAAGAAAGUGUUCCAACCUACCCCGUAUGAACCUGAGUUCCUUGGAGGACCUCUCCCUAGGACACAGUCAGGAAGGUUCUCCUCGCUCCUCCUUCACUGCUAACAAAGGACACUCAUUGCUGGAGUCCUUUGGGCCUCAGACAUUCUCAACACCGAUGAGGAACAACCAGACAUCUGUCACUCCUCAAGCAGGAUGCACCUCAGAGGCAAGUGUGAUACAAGGAAGUAAAGUAGCAGCAGCAGCACCACCGCCACCACCUGAGCCACAGUAUGAAGACAUUACGCCACCACAGACCCCAGACAACAGGCUGACACAAGGCACCAAACCUGCCAGUCCUCUGCGGGCUCUCUCACGUUUGGUGUCUGAGGUGCCAACCACAGGGGCCUCUGAGACUAAAGCCCCUGGGACAGUCUUGCUUGCUGAAAACAAAACAGCUUUUCAAGGAUUUGGUGUUGGAGGAUCCUCCUCGGGAGGUUUGAAGGCCCCUGUAACAGUGACAACAGGCUCUCUCCAAGGAGCUUUCAAGCCUGUCACAUCUGCUCCUCUUUCAAAAACAACACUUGCUUUUUCCUUUACACAGUUUGCCCCACCUACUGUGGCUUCUCAAGGCAGUGUGACUCAGCAGCCAUUGUCACAGAACUUAGCUGGGAGUUCCAGUCCAUUAUUCAAGCCCCCUGCAGCAACAUUAGAGAACACCAGUUUUCUUCAGGCUGUUAGUAAUGAAGUCUCACAAAAGACUGAAGUAAAAGGUAGUCUUUUUUUCAAACCUCCAGUACCAGUUAGUGAGUCUUACAGUCCAUUUUCUGAGAAAGUAGAAACUUCAGUAUCUUCUCUGGACAAGGUGGCCAGCACUGCAGCAUCAUCCACCUCCAAGGUUCAAAGUGUCCCUGAGGCAGCAGGCAACAGUUCUGUUCUGGGUGCUGUGAGUGUCCCUGAGUCCUUCACUACUCCUCAUCUUGCCUCUGUGGCAGAAACAGAGUCAACAUCAUCCUCAUCUUCAACGGACUCUGACACUGCCUCAAAUGCCACUGUCAUUGGGGACAGUGUGAGUACUUCUGGGACUCCAAGCUUCCCAGAAGGUUCAGAGCAGCUGGCUGAGAGAAUAGGAGACACUGCUAUCAAUAAGGAAGCUUCCCUCCCACCCAUGAGCUCCACUUCCCAACCCAGCUUGUUCUCAGCAAAUUCAGGAAGUUUCUUUGGAGGUGGUAGUAACAACAUGUUCAGUGGUGUGUCUUCUUCCAGCAGUGGCUUCUUUGCAAACAAGACUUCUGUAGAAUCAGGUCUCCUUGGGUCAUCCUCUGCAUCCACCACCACUACCACUACCCCCAGUGCUGCUGCUGCUGCACCCACAUCUGGAGCCCUGUUUGUGACAUCUACAUCUGGGGAUUUCUUUGCAUCUGCCACAAGUACUGCAGCCACAGGGAGUGUUUUUAAUGCUCCUGUAACAGCCUCAAGUAUCCUCUUUGGGGCUAAAAGUACUGCAUCUUCAAGUCCAGUUCUUUUAGGAACUGAAACAACAACCACAAAUACAUUAACAAUAACAGUAACCUCUGGAAGCCUUUUUGGAAAGACAUCAACAGCGACAACUACUGGAAACAGUUUGGGGACUGUCCCAUCUGCAUCAUCUGGGAGCAUUUUUGGAGACACAAAAACUUCCAGUGGUGGGACUGUGUUUGGGACUUCAGCUACAACUUCUGCCAGUAUUUUUGGAGGCUCAUCCAAUGCUGCUUCGGGAAGCAUAUUUGGAACUGCAUCUACCGGCAAUGGAAGUCUAUUUGGAAUGUCAGGAUCUACAGGUGGAAGUAUUUUUGGAACAACAACUACAGCUGGUACUGUUGCUGCUUCUACUGCUACUACUACAACUACUACUAUUAGUGCCACUUCUACUACUACUAGCACCAUUAGUAGUAGUAGUAGUAGUCUUACCACAGCUCCUCCAACCAUGUUUGGAAAUUCAGGAAUAUCUACUUCUAGUGUAACCAUUUUGGGAGCCACAACAACAGCAUCAGACUCAAGUACAGCAACCACAACAGCUAUUUCAGGUUUGUUUGGAACAGCCAGCUCAACAACCACUGGUAACAUUUUUGGGACAUCCACAGCUGCUGCAACCACAGCAACUAAUGGAACUAUUUUUGGAGUAAAGACCACAGCUGCAAGUAUCUUUGGAACUACAAACACAUCUGGAAACUUGUUUGCCACGACAACCACUGCACAAACCGGGAGUAUAUUUGGGACAACAUCUACAAGUACAAGUUCUGGAAGCAUUUUUGGAUCAGCAUCAACAAGUGGCAGCAUUUUUGGUAGUCCUGUCCAGACCAGUGGAGCAACCCCCAGCAUUUUUGGAGCAGCAGCAGCAGCAGCAGUAGCAAGCAGUACGGGAAACACCAGCACCCUGUUUGGAAGAGAAGGUUCUGGAUCACCUUCCACAAGCUCCACUUCCACCACCACCACAGCUGCUUCCACCUCCAUCCCUGCGUCCUCCUCUGCCUCAGCUCUCACCACAGGCCUUUUCUCUUCCCCUCCUGCUGGUGAGGCCACCUCCUUCAGUCUGGCUUUCACACCAGGAGGAGGCUCAGGGUCUGCUAACCCAGCCACCUCUGCCACACCCUCUCUCUUUUCCACUCAAGCAACGAGCACAGCUACUGGAGUCCCAUUCUCACCUGGAGGAGUCUUCAGUGGCUCAUCCACCACCUCCACCUCUGCCUUCACUAGUCUGUCAACCUCCAGCUCUGCCUUCACUUCCCCUGCUGUCUCCUCUGCUCCUUCUCUCACUCCUGCUGCCACUACUGCUGCUGCCAGCACUGCCAACACAGUGUUUGGGCAGAGCACCCCAGGCUUGGUGUUUGGAGGCACAGCACCUCAACAGAACUCCCUCUUUGGUGGGGGAGGUCAGACUACUGGAACAUUUGGUGCAUCCUCAACUCCUGGCAGUAUAUUUGGUGGGUCAACAGCAGGACAGUCGCUCUUUGGAAACACCUCCUCAGGGUCUGUGUUUGGCCAGACAUCUGCGGCUACCACAUCACCAUUCGCCUCUGUCAGCACAUCCAAAGCAGAAGCAUCACCAUUUGGAGGCUCCUCAGCAUUUGGUUCAGGAGGAGGCGGAGGAGGAGGCUUCUUCAGUGGCCUUGGCAGCAAACCCAGUGCAGAGAAUGCCAACAAGAAUGUUUUUGGAGCAGGGACUCUGUCUGCUGCUGUGCCACAAACCAGUUUGUUUGGUACUAGCAGCAGCAGCAGCAGUCCAUUUCAAAGCAGUGUGUUUGGAGGGGCUGCCAACAGUGGCACAGGUGGUGGUGGCAGCUUCAGUAGUGGUGGUGGCCCUGUUGCCAACACAGGAUUUGCUGUCACCACACCUCAGUCACCAGCGUUUGGUGGGAAUCCAACGUUUGGGGGCAGCCCAUCUUUUGGGGGAAGUCCCACCUUUGGCUCCUCUCCAGUGUUUGGAGGCUCAUCAACAUUCUCCUCCCCACUGAAGAACACGCCUACGGGUGGUGGUGGCGGUGGCUUCAGUUCCUUUGCCUCCUCAGGUAGUGCCACAUUUGGCUCCCUGGCUGGUGCCUCGCCACCAAGUACUGGCGGCUUUGGCAGCUUUGCCAAUCAGAGCAACACUGCAACCUUUGGUAGCCUUGCACAGCAGAGCCCUGAUCAGCAAUCAGGAGGAACCUUUGGCACUGGAGGCGGAGGAGGCACCUUUGGAAGUGGGAGUAAUUUCUCUUCCUGGCGCUAAGGGUUCUGCUCUCCUCUACCUCCUGUGCAAGACUAUUUGGAUUCCACUCAAUGGUGUUGUGGUGCCGUAACAGAAGAUUUUAUACAAGACAUGACUGCUGGAUUGUUAAAGAAAAAAUGGUCUAAAUGCACCUUUUAAUUAUAGAUUUUACAUUUUUUAAUUUAUAUUGUUUAUGUUUUAUAGUUGUAACUUUCAUUAGUUGCCAAAAGAUGUUCAUGCAGAUGACAAAUCUACAAAGCUAUUUAGUUGUGCAUAGAGUGUGGUGUCUGUGCUACAGUUUGGUUCCCUCACAGGCAGUGUUUUGUAGCCUGUCUUUCCAUACACUAAUCACUACCAACAGUCACCAAAACAAAGCAGCAUACCAUAUCUGAGGUAUUAUAUAAAAUAUAGUUCAGUUGUUAUAUACAAAUAAUUUUUACUUGAAAUAAAAAUUACUGAAUUUA